GGAGUUACGAGUAUACUGACCAACAAUCAAGAUGUCGUUUGAAGACGGCAGCUCCAACAUAACCAGAACCCUCACUAAUCUCUUUGAGGAGAUGCUCCUGGCAUCUGACGUGGAAAAUGAGAAUAGAAGUAACGUAGACCUAUCCUUAUUCCUGUCGGCUUUGAAGGAGAAGUCCUCAAAGAACACCAGCCAUGAGCCCUUAGACUUUGGAACGUUGGUGAAGCUGGUGGAUGGAUGGCGACAUAAGCUAAACCUGACGAAGACAGCAGAAGCGACUUGCAACUACUGUGAUGGAAAUUUCCGUGACCUGAUCCUGGCGUACAACAACAUCCAUGGCUACAUAAGUCUGAUAGUCUGCUUCUUCGGGAGUUUCGCGAACGCUCUGAACGUGGCAGUAUUGACGCGGCGAGACCUGGCAGCCGCUCCCAUCAACCGGCUGCUGAAGUGGCUGGCGGUGGCCGACGUCUUCGUCAUGAUGGAGUACGUGCCCUUCGCCAUCUACAGAUAUUUGAUUUUGCCCGGCCAGCGAGAAAUGCCGUACAACUGGGCAGCAUACCUGCUCUUCCACAUGCACUUCACGCAGAUAUUCCACACGGCAUCCAUAUGUCUCACACUUUCACUUGCUGUGUGGAGAUACGUGGCUAUAAAAUACUCGGAUAGAAACCACAUACUUUGCACGGAGAGGCGAUGCAGCACAGCCAUACUGAGCAGUUUCAUACUCCCGCCCAUACUCUGCAUCCCAACAUUUAUGGUAUUCGACAUCCACACCACAGUGAUCCUGGAGCCAAGUGGACCUAUGAUCCUGUACCACGUGGACGCUGACCAGGAAGGCCAGCUGUACCAGAUCAACUUCUGGGUGCACGCAGUGCUGAUAAAACUGCUGCCAUGCUGCAUUCUGACCAUCAUCAGUCUAUGGCUGAUCAGGGAAGUGUACAGCGCGAAUCAGCACCAGAAAAAAGUCAGAGUAUACAAUGCUUGUCCAACCACGAACAAAGCAGCGAAGCGUCAAUGCAAGGCAGACAAAAGAACGAAUAGAACGACGAAGAUGUUGGUUGCAGUUCUUUUACUCUUCCUGGUAACCGAGCUACCUCAAGGGAUACUGGGUCUUCUAAGCGGAUUGCUCGGGCGAUGUUUCUUCAAGCGUUGCUACGAUCUGUUCGGGGAGCUGAUGGAUGCACUGGCGCUUCUGAACGGGGCGAUCAACUUCGUGCUGUACUGCUCAAUGUCCCGACAGUUCAGGAUGACGUUUGGGCAGCUGAUGUGGCGCGCGCAUCUUCACAAAUGGCCGCCACCAACUGCCUCGCACUCGGACGGUCAAAACACGGCAAAAUCAUCUGUUCCAUGAGGAAAGUCUGUACAAGAGAAACACGCGAGCAUUCUACAACAGUUCUUGUGAACCAUACUUAGCCCAGGAUUAGGUUAUGCGUUUUGAGUGUCCAGUACAAUUUAAUGUCUAUUCAUGCUAUUGGUGUUAAAAUAAGUUUAUGCUGUAAGUUUUGAGCAUCAAUGUUUAAUUUUGUUUGGCAAGCGAUAGCGGAGGGUUAUACGAUAACGUUAUUUGUUAUUAGUGAACAGAAGAAACGGUAUUUUGAUACUUCUAAUAUCUCAAAAAAGGAAAUGGGAACAUUCGUGAUAACCAUUUCUCCAAACUAAUUAAAAACAAACAGCCUACUAAAACCUAAUGUCGAAAUUAUUAACAAAACUAUCUUACGUUCUCAUCAUCAUCCACUUAACCAGGCACUAUAUUGUGUUGAUAGAUCCAGACAAGAUAUUUCCUUGUUUUCAUUUAUUACAAGAAUUGACUGAUUUAUUAACACGUAACAUAAACACCAUUAAUUGUUUUAACAUGCAUAAUAAGUAUAAUUUAGGCCAAAUGGAAGAGAAUUUGUACACGAUUUACAUGCCAAUUAGAGCUAUAUUGCUUUGGAAAUACGCCCACAGGGCCGGCUAAGGCCGCUAUCCUUUGUCAAGAGGCAUUCAAAAGGAUUAUCCGGAAGAAUCAAUAUUUACUGUGAGAUCCUCAUCUUGAGGAAGGGUUAGUCAUAAUGAAUUAAAUACUAUGUUUAUCAAGAAGAAUAUUUCAAGAACAAUACGUACAUAUAAAGUACAGAUAGAAAAUAAUGAAGCCUGGUUUUCCAAAUAAUAGUUAAUUAAUUAUGAAUUUAAGGAACAUAGGAACAUUUCAUGAUGAAAACGAUAAAUAGUUAAGAUGUUGUCAAGGAGUUUUCUAAUAAUGCUUCGUCAAGUUUUUCUUAUUUUAUUUCUACAAAGAAAAAUGAUACAAAGAAUCAGAAUGUUCCAUUCUUAGCCGUAGAAAACGCCUAAAUCAUUAGUUACAUCAAAGAAAAAUGACAACUCAUAAAGUAAUUUCGACUGAAAAUUUCUUUUUAUUGCUAAACGCUUGAUAAUAUCAAUAAACUCUAGACCGAUUGUAAGAUUUGAUUUAAUGCGAUUUCUUUGAACUUAAUCGUACCUAAAAGUUGAGAUUACUUUUAACAUGGUUCUAUUCUGAAAAUCGACAAAAUAAUAUCAAGCAUUUCAGCUAAAUAAUGUCUUAUAACUUCAAGCCGGAGUACCGCGUCGAAAUGCGUGCUAUGAAAUGUUUUGUCGUUCUUUCGUUUCAGCGAAAUGACGUCCGCUGCUGCCAGUCCCAAAUUUAGCAAAGCUUGUAUUAUGGUUGGGUACUAAGACAACGGAUAUAAACAUACUUAAAAACUUUUUUUGUAAAUACAAAUGUUACAGUUACCUACAUGUUACAGUUACAGAACUGUUUUAGAUUUUCUAGCUAAAAGGGUUUAGUUUUCAGUCAUAAAUGUUAAAUAGCCUAGAUAGGAAAGUUAACAAUGUUUUAAAUAGCAAAAACUGUGUUACAAAACUGUUUCAGGUUUUCUAAGUAAAGGGGUAAGUUUUAAGACAUAAAAUAGCCUAAAUAGAUCUAUUUAUUCUUCUGUCUGUUAUUACUGUCUGGAAGUUUUAGAAUAAUAAUUAUUAUUCCAUAUUUUAUACUACCACGCAAAACUAACCGAAAACUGAACCGAAGUUACAAUAGUGAAAUACCUAUAAGUAAAUAAAAUUUCAUCGAAAAUCCUCCAGUUUUGAAUUUAAUAAUUCAAAACUGGAGGAUUUUAGGUAAUCCUAAAAAUUUCAAGUCAAAACAAACUGAUAUUAGAAUAAAUCAAUAAGUACCUAUAUUGUUUUAAACUUUCAUGGACACUAACAUUACAGUAAUUUAUUAACAGUAUUGCUAAUGUACCUUAUUUAUCGAAGGCUCGUAAACAAGGUACUUGGUAGCAAUCCCGUUAAUAAUAAUUACUCUAAAAUCAAUAAGUAAUCAUGGACACUGGGCAAUUUUCUAAACGAAACGAAUUUUAUUGGAUUCGUCUUAAUGGGAGUCUACAUAAGUUACAAUACAAAAGUUCUCUUUGAUUAAUUUGCCUAAAUUAAUAUUUUUUUAAAGUAUUGUUUCAUUCUAUAUUGUAGUAAUUUAUAUUUUUUAACUGUCUAUUAUUUUUCAAUGAAUUAAUUAGUAAUUGGAGGAAGAACACUUAAAUAUUUGAAACAUUUAAUUAAAGAGGAAAAAUAACUAUUUCUGUUUUAACCUUACCGAACCUACCUAUUAAGUAAUGUGACAUUGUUUUACAGAUAGAAUCUAAAUAGCUAAUAAUUAUACUAUGCCACUCGUUUUCAUGACCGCGUAACAAAUUUAUUGUAUCCGUUUCCAUUUAUGUACUUGUACACAUACUAGCAAAUACUUAGUUACUUUGUAGUGAGCUAUUUCAAAUCCAUAAUCUGCUACGAGUAAACAUUGUCCGAAUACUUGGGGACACUGAAAUACCCCAACAAUUUUGAAGUCUAGUCAGUUAGUCAUAAGGUUUAUAAUUAAGGAAAUCUUCAACAGUUAUCCAUCAAAGUUUCUCUUGUACGGUGAGUGUCUUUCUUCGGUGGACACCUCAACGAUCUCCAUAAGGCUAUGCUCAGUACUGUUUUAAAUAAAUGUUGUACAUAUCUUUUGAUAAAUAAAGUUUUAUUUGUA